AUGAGAUCCGAUUUAGACCACCACUACCACCACUACCACCACAACCCGACAACCCGACGACCACCACGACGACUACGACGACAACCACAACUACCACCACAACCACGACGACCACCACUACCACCACCACUACUACCACGACGACGACAACCACAACUACGACGACAACGACAACUACUACCACCACCACCACGACGACUACUACCACCACAACCACGACAACCACGACAACCACAACCACGACGACUACCACGACCACAACAACAACUACGACGACGACAACCACGACGACUACAACGACAACCACUACCACCACGACGACGACAACCACGACGACUACUACCACCACAACCACGACGACUACAACGACCACAACAACCACAACCACGACGACCACCACCACUACCACGACAACCACAACCACGACGUCUACUACGACCACAACCACCACAACCACGACGACUACAACGACCACAACAACCACAACCACGACGACCACCACCACUACCACGACAACCACAACCACGACGUCUACUACGACCACAACCACCACAACCACGACGACUACAACGACCACAACUACAACGACAACCACGACGACCACGACGACAACCACAACAACAACCACCACAACAACCACCACGACGACUACAACCACAACCACCACAACCACAACGACCACCACUACAACCACAACCACGACAACAACAACAACGACAACAACCACCACGACGACUACAACAACCACCACGACGACUACAACAACAACAACGACAACCACUACCACUACAACAACCACCACGACCACCACAACCACAACGACCACAACUACAACGACAACUACGACCACAACCACAACCACAACCACAACAACCACCACCACGACUACAACCACCACAACGACAACCACUACUACUACAACGACAACCACAACAACCACCACGACGACUACAACAACUACAACCACGACAACUACCACAACCACCACAACCACAACGACCACAACCACCACAACCACAACCACGACAACCACAACCACGACAACAACAACCACCACGACAACUACUACUACCACGACCACAACCACCACGACUACAACGACAACCACGACAACAACUACCACUACGACAACCACGACAACCACAACCACCACAACCACCACGACGACUACAACAACCACAACGACAACCACAACAACAACCACCACAACAACCACCACGACGACUACAACAACUACAACCACAACCACCACAACCACCACAACCACAACGACCACCACUACAACUACAACCACAACUACAACCACGACUACCACGACUACAACGACAACAACUACUACAACUACCACCACAACUACAACGACAACCACGACAACAACCACCACGACGACUACCACCACAACAACGACAACCACGACUACCACAACUACAACGACAACGACCACCACGACAACAACAACUACGACUACUACAACAACCACGACUACCACAACCACAACGACAACAACCACAACGACAACAACUACAACGACUACAACAACUACAACGACGACGACAACCACGACCACCACAACAACCACCACGACAACUACAACGACAACAACGACAACAACCACAACAACCACAACCACGACCACAACCACGACAACAACAACCACCACGACAACCACUACCACUACAACGACAACCACAACAACCACCACGACAACUACAACAACUACAACGACAACCACGACUACUACAACCACAACGACAACAACCACAACGACAACAACUACCACGACUACUACAACCACAACGACAACAACCACAACGACAACAACUACAACUACAACGACAACAACUACUACAACAACGACAACAACUACUACAACUACCACCACCACGACAACAACCACCACGACGACUACAACCACAACAACGACAACCACGACUACCACAACUACAACGACAACGACCACAACGACAACAACUACUACAACUACCACCACAACGACAACGACAACCACGACAACCACCACGACGACUACGACAACUACAACCACAACCACUACAACAACGACAACCACGACAACUACCACAACUACUACAACAACGACCACAACAACAACAACUACUACUACCACUACAACAACCACGACGACUACUACCACCACUACCACCACUACCACCACAACCACGACAACCACGACGACCACCACGACGACUACGACGACAACCACAACUACCACCACAACCACGACGACCACCACUACCACCACCACUACUACCACGACGACGACAACCACAACUACGACGACAACGACAACUACUACCACCACCACCACGACGACUACUACCACCACAACCACGACAACCACGACAACCACAACCACGACGACUACCACGACCACAACAACAACUACGACGACGACAACCACGACGACUACAACGACAACCACUACCACCACGACGACGACAACCACGACGACUACUACCACCACAACCACGACGACUACAACGACCACAACAACCACAACCACGACGACCACCACCACUACCACGACAACCACAACCACGACGUCUACUACGACCACAACCACCACAACCACGACGACUACAACGACCACAACAACCACAACCACGACGACCACCACCACUACCACGACAACCACAACCACGACGUCUACUACGACCACAACCACCACAACCACGACGACUACAACGACCACAACUACAACGACAACCACGACGACUACGACGACAACCACAACUACAACGACAACCACAACUACUACGACUACCACAACUACGACGACAACCACAACUACUACGACCACCACAACCACGACGACUACUACGACCACAACCACCACAACCACGACGACUACAACGACCACAACUACAACGACAACCACGACGACUACGACGACAACCACAACUACAACGACAACCACAACUACUACGACUACCACAACUACUACGACUACCACAACCACGACGACUACUACGACCACAACCACCACAACCACGACGACUACAACGACCACAACAACGACAACCACGACGACCACCACUACUACCACGACGACAACCACGACGACUACGACGACAACCACAACUACAACGACAACCACAACUACUACGACAACCACAACUACUACGACUACCACAACCACGACGACUACCACAACCACGACGACUACUACGACCACAACCACCACAACCACGACUACGACGACAACCACAACUACAACGACAACCACAACUACUACGACUACCACAACUACGACGACAACCACAACUACUACGACAACCACAACUACUACGACCACCACAACCACGACGACUACUACGACCACAACCACCACAACCACGACGACUACAACGACCACAACUACAACGACAACCACGACGACUACGACGACAACCACAACUACAACGACAACCACAACUACUACGACUACCACCACUACUACGACUACCACAACUACUACGACUACCACAACUACUACGACUACCACAACCACAACGACUACUACGACCACAACCACCACAACCACGACGACUACAACGACCACAACAACGACAACCACGACGACCACCACUACUACCACGACGACAACCACGACGACUACGACGACAACCACAACUACAACGACAACCACAACUACUACGACAACCACAACUACUACGACUACCACAACCACGACGACUACUACGACCACAACCACCACAACCACGACUACGACGACAACCACAACUACAACGACAACCACAACUACUACGACUACCACAACUACUACGACUACCACAACCACGACGACUACUACGACCACAACCACCACAACCACGACGACUACAACGACCACAACAACGACAACCACGACGACCACCACUACUACCACGACGACAACCACGACGACUACGACGACAACCACAACUACAACGACAACCACAACUACUACGACAACCACAACUACUACGACUACCACAACCACGACGACUACUACGACCACAACCACCACAACCACGACUACGACGACAACCACAACUACAACGACAACCACAACUACUACGACUACCACAACUACUACGACUACCACAACUACUACGACUACCACAACCACGACGACUACUACGACCACAACCACCACAACCACGACGACUACAACGACCACAACAACGACAACCACGACGACCACCACUACUACCACGACGACAACCACGACGACUACGACGACAACCACAACUACAACGACAACCACAACUACUACGACAACCACAACUACUACGACUACCACAACCACGACGACUACUACGACCACAACCACCACAACCACGACUACGACGACAACCACAACUACAACGACAACCACAACUACUACGACUACCACAACUACGACGACAACCACAACUACUACGACAACCACAACUACUACGACCACCACAACCACGACGACUACAACGACCACAACUACAACGACAACUACGACGACUACGACGACAACCACAACUACAACGACAACCACAACUACAACGACAACCACAACUACUACGACUACCACAACUACGACGACAACCACAACUACUACGACAACCACAACUACUACGACCACCACAACCACGACGACUACUACGACCACAACCACCACAACCACGACGACUACAACGACCACAACUACAACGACAACCACGACGACUACGACGACAACCACAACUACUACGACAACUACUACGACUACCACAACCACGACGACUACUACGACCACAACCACCACAACCACGACGACUACAACGACCACAACAACGACAACCACGACGACCACCACUACUACCACGACGACAACCACGACGACUACGACGACAACCACAACUACAACGACAACCACAACUACUACGACAACCACAACUACUACGACCACCACAACCACGACGACUACUACGACCACAACCACCACAACCACGACGACUACAACGACCACAACUACAACGACAACCACGACGACUACGACGACAACCACAACUACAACGACAACCACAACUACUACGACUACCACAACUACUACGACUACCACAACCACGACGACUACUACGACCACAACCACCACAACCACGACGACUACAACGACCACAACAACGACAACCACGACGACCACCACUACUACCACGACGACAACCACGACGACUACGACGACAACCACAACUACAACGACAACCACAACUACUACGACAACCACAACUACUACGACUACCACAACCACGACGACUACUACGACCACAACCACCACAACCACGACGACUACAACGACCACAACUACAACGACAACCACGACGACUACGACGACAACCACAACUACAACGACAACCACAACUACAACGACAACCACAACUACUACGACCACCACAACCACGACGACUACAACGACCACAACUACAACGACAACUACGACGACUACGACGACAACCACAACUACAACGACAACCACAACUACAACGACAACCACAACUACAACGACAACCACAACUACAACGACAACCACAACUACUACGACAACCACAACUACUACGACCACCACAACCACGACGACUACUACGACCACAACCACCACAACCACGACGACUACAACGACCACAACUACAACGACAACCACGACGACUACGACGACAACCACAACUACUACGACAACUACUACGACUACCACAACCACGACGACUACUACGACCACAACCACCACAACCACGACGACUACAACGACCACAACAACGACAACCACGACGACCACCACUACUACCACGACGACAACCACGACGACUACGACGACAACCACAACUACAACGACAACCACAACUACUACGACAACCACAACUACUACGACCACCACAACCACGACGACUACUACGACCACAACCACCACAACCACGACGACUACAACGACCACAACUACAACGACCACAACUACAACGACAACCACGACGACUACGACGACAACCACAACUACAACGACAACCACAACUACUACGACCACCACAACCACGACGACUACUACGACCACAACCACCACAACCACGACGACUACAACGACCACAACUACAACGACAACCACGACGACUACGACGACAACCACAACUACAACGACAACCACAACUACUACGACUACCACAACUACUACGACUACCACAACCCGACGACUACUGUAAACGACCACAACCACCACAACCACGACGACUACAACGACCACAACAACGACAACCACGACGACCACCACUACUACCACGACGACAACCACGACGACUACGACCACAACCACAACUACUACGACAACCACAACUACUACGACAACCACAACUACUACGACUACCACAACCACGACGACUACUACGACCACAACCACCACAACCACGACUACGACGACAACCACAACUACAACGACAACCACAACUACUACGACUACCACAACUACGACGACAACCACAACUACUACGACAACCACAACUACUACGACCACCACAACCACGACGACUACUACGACCACAACCACCACAACCACGACGACUACAACGACCACAACUACAACGACAACCACGACGACUACGACGACAACCACAACUACAACGACAACCACAACUACUACGACUACCACAACUACUACGACUACCACAACCACAACGACUACUACGACCACAACCACCACAACCACGACGACUACAACGACCACAACAACGACAACCACGACGACCACCACUACUACCACGACGACAACCACGACGACUACGACGACAACCACAACUACAACGACAACCACAACUACUACGACCACCACAACCACGACGACUACUACGACCACAACCACCACAACUACCACAACAACGACAACCACAACUACAACGACAACCACAACUACUACGACCACCACAACCACGACGACUACAACGACCACAACUACAACGACAACUACGACGACUACGACGACAACCACAACUACAACCACAACCACAACUACAACUACAACGACAACCACAACUACUACGACCACCACAACCCGACGACUACAACGACCACAACUACAACGACAACUACACACUAAGACAACCACAACUACAACGACAACCACAACUACAACGACAACCACAAUACAACGACAACCACAACUACUACGACAACCACAACUACUACGACCACCACAACCACGACGACUACUGUAAACGACCACAACCACCACAACCACGACGACUACAACGACCACAACUACAACGACAACCACGACGACUACGACGACAACCACAACUACAACGACAACCACAACUACAACGACAACCACAACUACAACGACAACCACAACUACUACGACAACCACAACUACUACGACCACCACAACCACGACGACUACUACGACCACAACCACCACAACCACGACGACUACGACGACCACAACUACAACGACGACCACAACUACUACGACUACCACAACUACUACGACAACCACAACUACUACGACAACCACAACUACUACGACUACCACAACCACGACGACUACUACGACCACAACCACCACAACCACGACGACUACAACGACCACAACUACAACGACAACCACGACGACUACGACGACAACCACAACCACCACAACCACGACAACAACGACGACCACAACAACGACAACCACGACGACCACCACUACUACCACGACGACUACGACGACAACCACAACUACAACGACAACCACAACUACCACGACCACCACAACCACGACGACUACUACGACCACAACCACCACAACCACGACGACUACAACGACCACAACUACAACGACAACCACGACGACUACGACGACAACCACAACUACAACGACAACCACAACUACUACGACCACCACAACCACGACGACUACUACGACCACAACCACCACAACCACGACGACUACAACGACCACAACAACGACAACCACGACGACCACCACUACUACCACGACGACAACCACGACGACUACGACGACAACCACAACUACAACGACAACCACAACUACCACGACUACUACAACCACGACGACUACUACGACCACAACCACCACAACGACGACGACUACAACGACCACAACAACGACGACCACCACCACUACCACGACGACAACCACGACGACUACGACGACAACCACAACUACAACGACAACCACAACUACCACGACCACCACAACCACGACGACUACUACGACCACAACCACCACAACCACGACGACUACAACGACCACAACUACAACGACAACCACGACGACUACGACGACAACCACAACUACAACGACAACCACAACUACUACGACUACCACAACUACGACGACAACCACAACUACUACGACAACCACAACUACUACGACCACCACAACCACGACGACUACUACACCACAACCACCACAACCGACUACAACGACCACAACUACAACGACGACCACAACGACUACGACGACAACCACAACUACUACGACAACCACAACUACUACGACAACCACAACUACAACGACAACGACAACCACCACAACCACGACAACAACGACGACCACAACAACGACAACCACGACGACCACCACUACUACCACGACGACUACGACGACAACCACAACUACAACGACAACCACAACUACUACGACUACCACAACUACUACGACAACCACAACUACUACGACAACCACAACUACUACGACUACCACAACCACGACGACUACUACGACCACAACCACCACAACCACGACGACUACAACGACCACAACUACAACGACGACCACAACGACUACGACGACAACCACAACCACUACGACAACCACAACUACUACGACAACCACAACUACUACGACCACCACAACCACGACGACUACUACGACCACAACCACCACAACCACGACGACUACAACGACCACAACAACGACAACCACGACGACCACCACUACUACCACGACGACAACCACGACGACUACGACGACAACCACAACUACUACGACAACCACAACUACUACGACCACCACAACCACGACGACUACUACGACCACAACCACCACAACCACGACGACUACAACGACCACAACUACGACGACUACGACGACAACCACAACUACAACGACAACUACUACGACUACCACAACCACGACAACAACGACGACCACAACAACGACAACCACGACGACCACCACUACUACCACGACGACAACCACGACGACUACGACGACAACCACAACUACUACGACCACCACAACCACGACGACUACUACGACCACAACCACCACAACCACGACGACUACAACGACCACAACAACGACAACCACGACGACCACCACUACUACCACGACGACAACCACGACGACUACGACUACAACCACAACUACAACGACAACCACAACUACCACGACUACUACAACCACGACGACUACUACCACCACAACCACGACGACCACAACAACGACAACCACGACGACCACCACUACUACCACGACGACAACCACGACGACUACGACGACAACCACAACUACAACGACAACCUCAACUACUACGACUACCACAACCACGACAACUACUACCACCACAACCACCACAACCACGACAACCACCACUACUACCACGACGACCACCACCACUACCACGACGACCACAACGACCACUACCACUACAACCACAACUACCACAACCACAACGACAACCACCACGACUACGACGACAACCACAACCACAACGACAACCACAACUACUACGACUACCACAACGACGACGACUACUACCACCACAACCACCACAACCACGACGACUACAACGACCACAACAACGACAACCACCACCACGACCACCACCACUACCACGACGACGACAACCCGACCCACUACAACGACAACCCACGACUACGACGACAACCACAACUACUACGACACGACUACGACUACCACAACGACGACGACUACUACCACCACAACCACCACAACCACGACGACUACAACGACCACAACAACGACAACCACCACGACCACCACUACUACCACGACGACCACCACCACUACCACGACGACCACUACCACUACAACCACAACGACCACAACCACAACGACAACCACCACGACUACGACGACAACCACAACCACAACCACAACGACAACCACAACUACUACGACUACCACAACGACGACGACUACUACCACCACAACCACGACGACCACAACGACCACAACCACCACAACCACGACGACCACAACGACCACAACAACGACAACCACCACGACCACCACUACUACCACGACGACUACAACCACAACGACCACAACUACAACGACAACCACGACGACAACGACGACAACCACAACUACAACGACAACCACAACUACUACGACUACCACUACCACGACGACUACUACCACCACUACCACGACGACCACAACGACCACAACCACCACAACCACGACGACUACAACGACCACAACAACGACAACCACCACGACCACCACUACUACCACGACGACUACAACCACAACGACCACAACUACAACGACAACCACGACGACUACGACGACAACCACGACUACAACGACAACCACAACUACUACGACUACCACAACCACGACGACUACUACCACCACAACCACCACAACCACCACAACCACGACGACUACAACCACGACGACUACGACGACAACCACGACUACAACGACAACCACAACUACUACGACUACCACAACCACGACGACUACUACGACCACAACCACGACAACCACCACAACCACGUCGACUACAACGACCACAACAACGACAACCACCACCACGACCACCACUACUACCACGACGACGACAACCACGACGACUACGACGACAACCACGACUACAACGACAACCACAACUACUACGACUACCACAACCACGACGACCACUACCACCACAACCACCACAACCACCACAACCACCACAACCACCACAACCACCACAACCACGACGACUACAACGACCACAACAACGACAACCACCACCACGACCACCACUACUACCACGACGACUACGACGACAACCACAACUACAACGACAACCACAACUACUACGACUACCACAACCACGACGACUACUACGACCACAACCACCACAACCACGACGACUACAACGACCACAACAACGACAACCACCACGACCACCACUCCACCACUACAACGACAACCACCACGACUACGACGACAACCACAACUACAACGACAACCACAACUACUACGACUACCACAACCACGACGACUACUCUCCCAUUCAGACCACCACAACCACCACCACAACCACCACACAACCACACGACCACAACACAACGACAACCACCACGACUACACGACAACCACAACCACAACCACCACGACCACCACUACUACCACGACGACCACCACCACCACCACCACGACGACCACAACGACCACUACCACUACAACCACAACGACCACAACCACAACGACAACCACCACGACUACGACGACAACCACAACUACUACGACUACCACAACCACGACGACUACUACCACCACAACCACGACGACCACAACAACGACAACCACGACGACCACCACUACUACCACGACGACCACCACCACUACCACGACGACCACAACGACCACUACCACUACAACCACAACGACCACAACCACAACGACAACCACCACGACUACGACGACAACCACAACUACUACGACUACCACAACCACGACGACUACUACCACCACAACCACCACAACCACGACGACUACAACGACCACAACAACGACAACCACCACGACCACCACUACUACCACGACGACCACCACCAACCACUACAACCACCGACCACAACCACAACGACAACCACCACGACUACGACGACAACCACAACUACAACGACAACCACAACUACUACGACUACCACAACCACGACGACUACUGUAAACGACCACAACCACCACAACCACCACAACCACGACGACUACAACGACCACAACAACGACAACCACCACCACGACCACCACUACUACCACGACGACGACAACCACGACGACUACGACGACAACCACGACUACAACGACAACCACAACUACUACGACUACCACAACCACGACGACCACUACCACCACAACCACCACAACCACCACAACCACGACGACUACAACGACCACAACAACGACAACCACCACCACGACCACCACUACUACCACGACGACGACAACCACGACGACUACGACGACAACCACAACUACAACGACAACCACAACUACUACGACUACCACAACCACGACGACUACUACGACCACAACCACCACAACCACGACGACCACAACAACGACAACCACGACAACCACCACUACUACCACGACGACCACCACCACUACCACGACGACCACAACGACCACUACCACUACAACCACAACGACCACAACCACAACGACAACCACCACGACUACGACGACAACCACAACCACAACGACAACCACAACUACUACGACUACCACAACCACGACGACUACUACCACCACAACCACCACAACCACCACAACCACCACAACCACCACAACCACCACAACCACCACAACCACGACGACUACAACGACCACAACAACGACAACCACCACGACCACCACUACUACCACGACGACCACAACGACCAUACCACUACAACCACAACGACCACAACUACAACGACAACCACCACGACUACGACGACAACCACAACUACCACGACAACCACAACUACUACGACUACCACAACCACGACGACUACUACGACCACAACCACCACAACCACCACAACCACGACGACUACAACGACCACAACAACGACAACCACCACCACGACCACCACUACUACCACGACGACGACAACCACGACGACUACGACGACACCACACACACACAACCACACACAACCACAACGACGACGACUACUACCACCACAACCACCACAACCACGACGACUACAACGACCACAACCACGACAACCACCACGACCACCACUACUACCACCCAACGACCACAACCACUACAACCACAACGACCACAACCACAACGACAACCACCACGACCACGACGACAACCACAACUACAACGACAACCACAACUACUACGACUACCACAACCACGACGACUACUACGACCACAACCACCACAACCACCACAACCACGACGACUACAACGACCACAACAACGACAACCACCACCACGACCACCACUACUACCACGACGACGACAACCACGACGACUACGACGACAACCACGACUACAACGACAACCACAACUACUACGACUACCACAACCACGACGACCACUACCACCACAACCACCACAACCACCACAACCACCACAACCACCACAACCACGACGACUACAACGACCACAACAACGACAACCACCACCACGACCACCACUACUACCACGACGACGACAACCACGACGACUACGACGACAACCACAACUACAACGACAACCACAACUACUACGACUACCACAACCACGACGACUACUACGACCACAACCACCACAACCACGACGACCACAACAACGACAACCACGACAACCACCACUACUACCACGACGACCACCACCACUACCACGACGACCACAACGACCACUACCACUACAACCACAACGACCACAACCACAACGACAACCACCACGACUACGACGACAACCACAACUACUACGACUACCACAACCACGACGACUACUACGACCACAACCACCACAACCACAACGACCACAACAACGACAACCACCACGACCACCACAACUACAACGACAACCACCACGACUACGACGACAACCACAACUACAACGACAACCACAACUACUACGACUACCACAACGACGACGACUACUACCACCACAACCACGACGACCACAACAACGACAACCACGACGACCACCACCACUACCACGACGACCACCACCACUACCACGACGACCACAACGACCACUACCACUACAACCACAACGACCACAACCACAACGACAACCACCACGACUACGACGACAACCACAACCACAACGACAACCACAACUACUACGACUACCACAACGACGACGACUACUACCACCACAACCACCACAACCACGACGACUACAACGACCACAACAACGACAACCACCACGACCACCACUACUACCACGACGACCACAACGACCACUACCACUACAACCACAACGACCACAACUACAACGACAACCACCACGACUACGACGACAACCACAACUACCACGACAACCACAACUACUACGACUACCACAAGCACGACGACUACUACGACCACAACCACCACAACCACCACAACCACGACGACUACAACGACCACAACAACGACAACCACCACCACGACCACCACUACUACCACGACGACGACAACCACGACGACUACGACGACAACCACAACGACGACGACUACUACCACCACAACCACCACAACCACGACGACUACAACGACCACAACAACGACAACCACCACGACCACCACUACUACCACAACCACUACAACCACAACGACCACAACCACAACGACAACCACCACGACUACGACGACAACCACAACUACAACGACAACCACAACUACUACGACUACCACAACCACGACGACUACUACGACCACAACCACCACAACCACCACAACCACGACGACUACAACGACCACAACAACGACAACCACCACCACGACCACCACUACUACCACGACGACGACAACCACGACGACUACGACGACAACCACGACUACAACGACAACCACAACUACUACGACUACCACAACCACGACGACCACUACCACCACAACCACCACAACCACCACAACCACCACAACCACGACGACUACAACGACCACAACAACGACAACCACCACCACGACCACCACUACUACCACGACGACGACAACCACGACGACUACGACGACAACCACAACUACAACGACAACCACAACUACUACGACUACCACAACCACGACGACUACUACCACCACAACCACCACAACCACCACAACCACCACAACCACGACGACCACAACAACGACAACCACCACCACGACCACCACUACUACCACGACGACGACAACCACGACGACUACGACGACAACCACGACUACAACGACAACCACAACUACUACGACUACCACAACCACGACGACCACUACCACCACAACCACCACAACCACCACAACCACCACAACCACCACAACCACGACGACUACAACGACCACAACAACGACAACCACCACCACGACCACCACUACUACCACGACGACGACAACCACGACGACUACGACGACAACCACAACUACAACGACAACCACAACUACUACGACUACCACAACCACGACGACCACUACCACCACUACCACGACCACCACUACUACCACGACGACUACAACCACAACGACCACAACUACAACGACAACCACGACGACUACGACGACAACCACAACUACUACGACUACUACCACCACAACCACGACGACCACAACAACGACAACCACGACGACCACCACUACUACCACGACGACCACGACCACUACCACUACAACCACAACGACCACAACUACAACGACAACCACCACGACUACGACGACAACCACCACGACUACGACGACAACCACAACCACAACCACAACGACAACCACAACUACUACGACUACCACAACGACGACGACUACUACCACCACUACCACGACGACCACAACGACCACUACCACUACAACCACAACGACCACAACAACGACAACCACCACGACGACCACUACUACCACGACGACUACAACGACCACUACUACUACAACCACAACGACCACAACUACAACGACAACCACGACGACAACGACGACAACCACAACUACAACGACAACCACAACUACUACGACUACCACUACCACGACGACUACUACCACCACAACCACGACGACCACAACAACGACAACCACGACGACCACCACUACUACCACGACGACCACGACCACUACCACUACAACCACAACGACCACAACUACAACGACAACCACCACGACUACGACGACAACCACCACGACUACGACGACAACCACAACCACAACCACAACGACAACCACAACUACUACGACUACCACAACGACGACGACUACUACCACCACUACCACGACGACCACAACGACCACUACCACUACAACCACAACGACCACAACAACGACAACCACCACGACGACCACUACUACCACGACGACUACAACGACCACUACUACUACAACCACAACGACCACAACUACAACGACAACCACGACGACAACGACGACAACCACAACUACAACGACAACCACAACUACUACGACUACCACUACCACGACGACUACUACCACCACUACCACGACCACCACUACUACCACGACGACUACAACCACAACGACCACAACUACAACGACAACCACGACGACUACGACGACAACCACAACUACUACGACUACUACCACCACAACCACGACGACCACAACAACGACAACCACGACGACCACCACUACUACCACGACGACCACGACCACUACCACUACAACCACAACGACCACAACUACAACGACAACCACCACGACUACGACGACAACCACCACGACUACGACGACAACCACAACCACAACCACAACGACAACCACAACUACUACGACUACCACAACGACGACGACUACUACCACCACUACCACGACGACCACAACGACCACUACCACUACAACCACAACGACCACAACGACCACAACAACGACAACCACCACGACGACCACUACUACCACGACGACUACAACGACCACUACUACUACAACCACAACGACCACAACUACAACGACAACCACCACGACUACGACGACAACCACAACCACAACGACAACCACAACUACUACGACUACCACAACGACGACGACUACUACCACCACAACCACCACAACCACCACAACCACCACAACCACGACGACCACAACAACGACAACCACCACCACGACCACCACUACUACCACGACGACGACAACCACGACGACUACGACGACAACCACAACUACAACGACAACCACAACUACUACGACUACCACAACCACGACGACCACUACCACCACAACCACCACAACCACCACAACCACCACAACCACCACAACCACGACGACUACAACGACCACAACAACGACAACCACCACCACGACCACCACUACUACCACGACGACGACAACCACGACGACUACGACGACAACCACAACUACAACGACAACCACAACUACUACGACUACCACAACCACGACGACCACUACCACCACUACCACGACCACCACUACUACCACGACGACUACAACCACAACGACCACAACUACAACGACAACCACGACGACUACGACGACAACCACAACUACUACGACUACUACCACCACAACCACGACGACCACAACAACGACAACCACGACGACCACCACUACUACCACGACGACCACGACCACUACCACUACAACCACAACGACCACAACUACAACGACAACCACCACGACUACGACGACAACCACCACGACUACGACGAAACCACAACCACAACCACAACGACAACCACAACUACUACGACUACCACAACGACGACGACUACUGUAAACCACCACUACCACGACCACCACUACUACCACGACGACUACAACCACAACGACCACAACUACAACGACAACCACGACGACUACGACGACAACCACAACUACUACGACUACUACCACCACAACCACGACGACCACAACAACGACAACCACGACGACCACCACUACUACCACGACGACCACGACCACUACCACUACAACCACAACGACCACAACUACAACGACAACCACCACGACUACGACGACAACCACCACGACUACGACGACAACCACAACCACAACCACAACGACAACCACAACUACUACGACUACCACAACGACGACGACUACUACCACCACUACCACGACGACCACAACGACCACUACCACUACAACCACAACGACCACAACGACCACAACAACGACAACCACCACGACGACCACUACUACCACGACGACUACAACGACCACUACUACUACAACCACAACGACCACAACUACAACGACAACCACGACGACAACGACGACAACCACAACUACAACGACAACCACAACUACUACGACUACCACAACGACGACGACUACUACCACCACAACCACCACAACCACGACGACUACAACGACCACAACAACGACAACCACCACCACCACGACCACCACUACUACCACGACGACGACAACCACGACGACUACGACGACAACCACAACUACAACGACAACUACAACUACUACGACUACCACAACCACGACGACCACUACGACCACAACCACCACAACCACGACGACUACAACGACCACAACAACGACAACCACCACGACCACCACUACUACCACGACGACCACAACGACCACGACGACUACAACCACAACGACCACAACUACAACGACAACCACGACGACUACGACGACAACCACAACUACUACGACUACGACAACCACAACUACUACGACUACCACAACGACGACGACUACUACCACCACAACCACGACGACCACAACAACGACAACCACGACGACCACCACUACUACCACGACGACCACCACUACGACCACGACGACUACAACGACCACUACCACUACAACCACAACGACCACAACUACAACGACAACCACCACGACUACGACGACAACCACAACCACAACCACAACGACAACCACAACUACUACGACUACCACAACGACGACGACUACUACCACCACAACUACCACAACCACCACAACCACCACAACCACGACGACUACAACGACCACAACAACAACGACAACCACCACGACCACCACUACGACCACGACGACUACAACGACCACUACCACUACAACCACAACGACCACAACUACAACGACAACCACCACGACUACGACGACAACCACAACCACAACCACAACGACAACCACAACUACUACGACUACCACAACGACGACGACUACUACCACCACAACCACCACAACCACGACGACUACAACGACCACAACAACGACAACCACCACCACCACGACCACCACUACUACCACGACGACGACAACCACGACGACUACGACGACAACCACGACUACAACGACAACCACAACUACUACGACUACCACAACCACGACGACCACUACGACCACAACCACCACAACCACGACGACUACAACGACCACAACAACGACAACCACCACGACCACCACUACUACCACGACGACCACAACGACCACGACGACUACAACCACAACGACCACAACUACAACGACAACCACGACGACUACGACGACAACCACAACUACUACGACUACGACUACCACAACGACGACGACUACCACAACGACGACGACUACUACCACCACAACCACGACGACCACAACAACGACAACCACGACGACCACCACUACUACCACGACGACCACCACUACGACCACGACGACUACAACGACCACUACCACUACAACCACAACGACCACAACUACAACGACAACCACCACGACUACGACGACAACCACAACCACAACCACAACGACAACCACAACUACUACGACUACCACAACGACGACGACUACUACCACCACAACCACCACAACCACGACGACUACAACGACCACAACAACGACAACCACCACCACGACCACCACUACUACCACGACGACGACAACCACGACGACUACGACGACAACCACGACUACAACGACAACCACAACUACUACGACUACCACAACGACGACGACUACUACCACCACAACCACCACAACCACGACGACUACAACCACGACGACUACGACGACAACCACGACUACAACGACAACUACAACUACUACGACUACCACAACGACCACUACCACAACGACAACCACCACGACUACGACGACAACCACAACCACAACGACAACCACAACUACUACGACUACCACAACGACGACGACUACUACCACCACUACCACGACCACCACUACUACCACGACGACUACAACCACAACGACCACAACUACUACGACUACGACUACCACAACGACGACGACUACUACCACCACAACCACGACGACCACAACAACGACAACCACGACGACCACCACUACUACCACGACGACCACGACCACUACCACUACAACCACAACGACCACAACUACAACGACAACCACGACGACAACGACGACAACCACAACUACAACGACAACCACAACUACUACGACUACCACUACCACGACGACUACUACGACCACAACCACCACAACCACCACAACCACCACAACCACCACAACCACCACAACCACGACGACUACAACGACCACAACAACGACAACCACCACCACGACCACCACUACUACCACGACGACGACAACCACGACGACUACGACGACAACCACGACUACAACGACAACCACAACUACUACGACUACCACAACCACGACGACCACUACCACCACAACCACCACAACCACCACAACCACCACAACCACCACAACCACCACAACCACGACGACUACAACGACCACAACAACGACAACCACCACCACGACCACCACUACUACCACGACGACGACAACCACGACGACUACGACGACAACCACAACUACAACGACAACCACAACUACUACGACUACCACAACGACGACGACUACUACGACCACAACCACCACAACCACGACGACCACAACAACGACAACCACCACGACCACCACUACUACCACGACGACCACAACGACCACUACCACUACAACCACAACGACCACAACUACAACGACAACCACCACGACUACGACGACAACCACAACUACAACGACAACCACAACUACUACGACUACCACAACCACGACGACUACUACCACCACUACCACGACCACCACUACUACCACGACGACUACAACCACAACGACCACAACUACAACGACAACCACGACGACUACGACGACAACCACAACUACUACGACAACCACAACUACUACGACUACCACAACGACGACGACUACUACCACCACAACCACGACGACCACCACUACUACCACGACGACCACGACCACUACCACUACAACCACAACGACCACAACUACAACGACAACCACCACGACUACGACGACAACCACCACGACUACGACGACAACCACAACCACAACCACAACGACAACCACAACUACUACGACUACCACAACCACGACGACUACUACCACCACUACCACGACGACCACAACGACCACUACCACUACAACCACAACGACCACAACGACCACAACAACGACAACCACCACGACGACCACUACUACCACGACGACUGACCACUACCACUACAACCAAACGACCACAACUACAACGACAACCACGACGACAACGACGACAACCACAACUACAACGACAACCACAACUACUACGACUACCACUACCACGACGACUACUACCACCACAACUACCACAACCACCACAACCACCACAACCACGACGACUACAACGACCAACACCACCACGACCACCACUACGACCACGACGACUACAACGACCACUACCACUACAACCACAACGACCACAACUACAACGACAACCACCACGACUACGACGACAACCACAACCACAACCACAACGACAACCACAACUACUACGACUACCACAACCACGACGACUACUACCACCACAACCACCACAACCACGACGACUACAACGACCACAACAACGACAACCACCACGACCACCACUACUACCACGACGACUACAACGACCACUACUACUACAACGACCACUACUACUACAACCACAACGACCACAACUACAACGACAACCACCACGACAACGACGACAACCACAACUACAACGACAACCACAACUACUACGACUACCACUACCACGACGACUACUACCACCACGACCACCACAACCACGACGACUACAACGACCACAACAACGACGACCACCACCACGACCACCACUACUACCACGACGACCACAACCACGACGACUACGACGACAACCACGACUACAACGACAACCACAACUACUACGACUACCACAACCACGACGACCACUACCACCACAACCACCACAACCACGACGACUACAACGACCACAACAACGACAACAACGACAACCACGACGACCACCACUACUACCACGACGACGACAACCACUACUACCACGACGACUACAACGACCACAACUACAACGACAACCACAACUACUACGACUACCACAACCACGACGACUACUACGACCACAACCACCACAACCACGACGACUACAACGACCACAACAACGACAACAACGACAACCACGACGACCACCACUACCACCACGACGACCACUACUACUACAACGACAACCACAACUACAACGACAACAACAACUACUACGACUACUACUACGACCACAACAACUACAACAACCACUACAACGACCACCACAACAACGACGACCACCACCACCACCACGACCACGACCACGACAACAACGACCACAACAACGACCACAACAACAACGACCACAACGACAACGACCACCACAACCACUACCACAACAACUACUACGACAACCACGAAUACCACAACAACCACUACGACUACAACGACAACCACAACAACUACGACCACAACAACGACAACAACGACUACCACGACUACCACCACCACAACAACUACUACGACAACCACGACUACAACAACAACGACCACAACCACUACAACCACGACAACCACAACAACCACCACCACGACAACUACUACCACAACCACUACCACAACGACAACGACCACCACAACCACUACCACAACUACAACAACUACAACAACAACUACUACUACGACAACCACGACUACGACAACAACGACAACAACCACUACCACGACAACAACGACAACAACCACUACCACGACUACGACAACAACGACCACAACAACGACCACAACAACAACGACCACAACAACUACUACGACAACCACGACUACUACAACAACCACUACGACUACAACGACAACCACAACAACUACGACCACAACAACGACAACAACGACUACCACGACUACAACAACUACAACAACAACGACAACAACCACUACCACGACUACGACAACAACGACCACAACAACAACGACCACAACAACCACAACAACCACAACAACCACCACCACGACAACUACUACCACAACCACAACAACAACAACUACUACUACCACGACAACAACGACCACGACGACAACAACGACGACAACCACAACAACCACUACCACCAAAAAAAAAAAAAAAAAAACAAACCACGACCACCACAACAACGACUACAACAACAACUACUACUACGACCACCACAACCACAACAACCACUACGACAACAACGACAACCACAACAACUACGACAACAACAACCACAACUACUACCACAACCACGACUACGACAACAACGACCACGACGACAACAACAACCACAACUACUACGACAACUACGACUACGACGACAACCACGACUACGACGACAACAACGACGACAACCACGACUACAACAACAACGACCACAACAACUACUACGACAACCACGACUACAACAACAACAACCACAACAACGACAACCACAACAACGACAACAACCACUACCACGACUACGACAACAACGACCACAACAACGACCACAACAACCACAACAACCACCACCACGACAACUACUACCACAACCACCACCACAACAACUACAACAACAACUACUACUACGACAACCACGACUACGACAACAACGACUACAACCACGACCACCACAACAACGACCACAACAACUACUACUACGACAACAACGACUACGACAACAACGACGACAACCACCACAACGACCACAACAACCACCACCACGACAACUACUACCACAACCACGACCACAACAACAACAACAACGACAACAACCACUACCACGACAACAACCACUACCACGACCACCACAACAACGACCACAACAACUACUACGACAACCACGACUACAACCACAACAACCACAACAACCACAACAACCACAACAACCACAACAACCACCACCACGACAACUACUACCACAACCACGACCACAACAACAACAACAACGACAACAACGACUACAACCACGACCACAACCACGACCACCACAACAACGACCACAACAACGACCACGACAACAACGACAACUACUACCACAACAACCACAACGACUACAACAACAACGACGACAACAACGACCAGCACAACGACGACCACAACAACGACCACGACAACAACGACGACCACUACCACAACAACCACUACGACUACAACGACUACAACAACGACAACAACGACUACGACAACAACGACAACCACGACCACAACAACUACUACGACAACCACGACUACAACGACUACAACGACAACUACAACUACUACGACAACCACGACUACGACAACAACCACUACAACGACGACCACAACAACGACGACAACCACCACCACGACUACCACGACAACAACCACUACAACAACCACUACAACGACGACCACAACAACGACGACGACGACCACAACUACUACGACAACCACGACUACGACUACAACUACAACUACUACGACAACCACAACUACGACAACAACGACAACUACUACGACGACAACGACUACAACGACUACAACGACUACAACGACUACAACGACUACAACGACUACAACGACUACAACGACUACCACAUCGACGACCACAACAACGACGACGACUACCACCACCACGACCACGACAACAACGACUACUACCACAACCACGACCACAACAACUACAACAACAACAACAACCACGACCACAACAACCACGACCACAACCACAACGACGACCACAACAACCACGACCACGACCACAACAACCACGACCACAACGACUACAACAACAACAACGACUACAUCAACAACAACGACAACCACAACGACGACAACCACUACGACAACAACUACAACGACGACCUCUACAACAACGACUACAACAACCACGACAACUACGGGUUGUUGCGUGUACGGUGGAAGAUGGACCGAAUGGAGCACCACUGGCACCACAGCUUGUUCGGAUAGCUGUGGUCUCUGUGGAAAUUGGACGGUUACGCGUACUUGCUCCUCUGCACCAUCCUGUCCAUGUCUUGGGGCGACGUCAAAGAUGAUUCCAUGCAACAACACUCUUUGCGAAUUUCCCCGUGCCACAUGUUGUUCUCCAUACUCGAAGACUCUUGUCAAUGGAUUGUGGGUGUGCGGAACCUACUCUGAUCCCGACCCACCACAGUCAACCCUCUGCGACUUGGGCUGUUGUCCAAAUGGAGGUAUUUGGAGUGAAUGGUCAGCUGGAGGAAAUUGUGCCACAACUUGCGGAUCUUGCUCGACAAUCACCCAGCGACGUGUCUGCUUGACUCGACCAAAAUGCGGCGUUUGCACUGGACAACAAUCUCGAGUUGUUACUUGCGGAAUCGCGACUUGCUUCUACCCACAAAACUCUUGCUGUUCUCCAUACCAUGCCACUGUCAUCAACUCGACGAACGCUUGCGGGCCACUGCCAGCUGUUUACAAUCCAGCACCAUCACCAAAUGUCUGCCCUCCACCUUGCUGCCCAACAAACGGAACCUGGUCGGAAUGGUCAACCACUCAGACUUGCCCCGAUUAUUGCGGAUCGUGCGGUAAUCUCACCUACACACGUACCUGUACUUCACUUCAAGACGGAUGCUUGUGCAACGGAGCUGACACCAAAGUUGAAGCCUGUAACAUCAAUGUUUGCUAUUUCCCGAGACUUUCUUGCUGUCCUGGAUAUUUUGCCACUGUCAUCAACAAUAUGAACGCGUGUGGACCACAGCCAACGCUUGCCAUCGAUCCACCACCAUUUGACGACUGUAACACCACUUGUUGUAACACCGGAGGAAUCUGGGGAGAAUGGGUAUUCACGACUGGAUGGGUGAAAGGAGGACCUGGCGCGAAUCUCACUUGCGGUAUGUGCGAACAGAGGACCCAAGUGCGCACGUGUCUCUCGAAUCAAUACGGAUGUCCUUGCACUGGCCCAUCAACGUACUUCCUCGGCCGCAAUGACACUCUCUGCCUCUUCCCCGAUCCAACUUGCUGCUCGCCUUACGUGAAGAAACUUAACAUCACCUCGAAGAAAUACACUUGUCAAUGGAACGGAACGGCUGUCGGAUCAAUCGCCACAACGACAUGCUGUCCACCAAACGGACUCGGACUCUGGAACGACUGGGGCUCAUGGGCAAGCUGCAGUGCAACAUGCGGUCUCUGCGGUACACAGGCAAGAUCGAGAACCUGUGCCUCUGCUCCAUAUGGAUGCCCUUGCGUUGGAAACGCCACUGAAACCCAGGCUUGCGGAAACCCGGCUUGUAAUGGAACGACUAAAUGCUGUGCUGGAAGUUAUCAAGCGAUAGCCUAUGACGGAACGUUAUUCUGUCAAACAACACCGUGGGCUCCUACCUGUGUUGGAGUGUGGACUGAGUGGUCGAUGACCCAGAACUGCACCACCAACCUUGUGCUCAACCCAGCGAACUGCGGAAUGUGCGCCACGAUGGAAUUCGCUCGCUACUGCAUGAACCCCGGAUGCAACUGCUCGAACAGCCCUGCCGACUUCCAAAAGACCACCCACUCUUUCGUGAUGAGUUCACCAGCUGCAUUCACACCUCAGGGAUUUUCCCAGGAACAACUUCUGCACAUUUGGGGUGCACGGAACAUGUCGAAAAUGAACCGGCGUUACGGUACGACGGGUGGCGAGAAGGGUGAAGAGACGGUAGGCGGAGCCUCGACUCCACCCCAACAACCACAACAACCAAUCAAGGGUGGAACUGGCACAAAGCCUAAGGUAGCUACACCACAAGUUGUCGCCAAAAUUGAACAAUACAAGCGAGAUAAUCCGACAAUUUUCGCUUGGGAGAUUCGAGAACGGCUGAUCAAUGAAGGUGUCUGCACGACACCGCCUUCAGUCUCCUCAAUCAAUCGAAUCCUGCGAACAAGAGCCGCUGAAAGAGCAGCCGAGGAGCUCUCAUUGAUUCUGAACACUCAACAAAUGGCUCGUCAACAGAGAUUUCCCCGUCCCACUCCACCAAUUCUCCCACCAUUUCCAUUUCCGCAUUUGUGGCCAGGUAUCUUGCUAAACCCAGCUGCUGUGACAGGAUCCUCCACUGGAAGUCCUCCAAUUCCCAAUCCAGCUCUCGCUCUCCAUCCAUUCAUCGCCGCUCUCACCGGACAUUUGAGCCAAUUUACAAGAAGCACGCCGAAUGGAAGCGCCUCACCGGCGGAUACGGUAGCAAUGAGUGACGAGGAUCAAUCGAUUCGACGUGGGAGUCGCAGCUCUUUUUCAUCAGAUCAACUCGAGAUUCUCGAAGCGGCUUUCGAGCGAGAUCCAUAUCCAGGAAGUGAAGAAAGAGUGGAGCUUGUCAAAAAGACUCAACUGCCAGAAGCAAGGAUUCAAGUUUGGUUCUCGAAUCGUCGCGCUAAAUGGAGACGGAGUCAAACGGAUGGAUUGAACGGUUCUCCGAGUGAGAGCAACGAUCCAAUGAACAGUGACAAUGAGAAGACACCGGAACCAACUACAGAAAUCGCUGAAGAACACCCUCCUCCAAAUGAAACGAAAAGAAAACUUGACAAUUCCUCUACCUCUCCCAAUUCUCAACCAUCAGUGAAACGUGUUUUUCGACCAUAUGAG